AUGGUUUCUGUCCUCAACGACGACAUCUGGAUCGCAGUUUUGUCCCUCUGUGACGUGUCGACGGUUCUCCAAGUUGCACUGACAAGUCGUACUCUACACCGUGUUUCCCAAUGCCGAACAGUCUGGCUAUCGGUUCUUCGCGACCUCACCGCUCGUGGUCUGGUCGACACGCUCACCACUGCAGAAGACAAUUACUCGACAGCUGCCAUUAUUAAGCACAUCCGCCAUACCGUUUGUGGUCCUUUGUCUUCAACGCGAAGUCGACGGAUCCUCAAGAUUACCCCUGCGCUACACUCCACAGACCCAAGUCUUUCAGCGGCUUCCGGCUCCGUCAAGCUUCUCCCAGGUGGACGUUAUCUUACCGUCGUGCGGCCCCAACAGUUUGACUGCAUUGAUGUCGGGACUGGUCGGCGAGCCUGGAGUUUAUUUGGUGCAGUCCAUGACUACGCAGUUGAAAUGCUCAACAACGGGCAUUCUAUGCGACUGGGAACAGUGAUCAGGAAAGUGGGUGAAAGAACUUCCCGUAUUGGCAUAAUCGACGUCGAUAUUGACACUGGGCAAGCCAAGACUCGGCUGAACAUCUCCACCGGCCUCAGAGUCAAUGCUGAGCUGGAGAAGUUCAGCAACACCCAUAUGAAUGGCAGCUUCCUCUCAACAACGUUCAAAGCACAUGCCAAAACCUUCAUCCUCCUACUCAACUGGCGAAACGACGAGUAUAUCCUCUUCCAGUCAGACUUCAACGAUACCGCUUCUUCGCUUUUCACGAUCUCGAACCACAUCAUCUUGGCCACGGCCUCCGCCUUCUCUCCCCACGUACCGGUCCUACUUCAAUGGAGCUUGAAAUCAUUCCGCCACCACUGGCGGGCAACGAAUACGCUUUCCCUCCGCUGCGCAAUGUCUAUCCAUUCUGCGACCACACCAAUACCAGCGUUCACGACUGAGUUGCAUCGCCAUACUCUUUGGGAUGUAUCUGAAAAUGCAGAACCACAUGUCCACUAUCGCAUCGAGCUUUUCCGGGACCGUCUGUGCCGUUCUCGUGCCAGGCUUCUUGUCCAUCUCUCUGGAAAUAUAGACCUGCUUCCUGAAAUUCGCUCCGCCCACUGCGAAACCCCCAGAACACAGACACUAUUUAACUCGACCGGGCUGAUCUCAAAGUUCCGCUCGCGGUUAAGGAACCUGAGUCCAAAUAGCAAAGCGAAGCAAGGGAACGCUGGGUUGCUUCUCCGCUACACCAUUUCAUGCUGGCCCGCACCCUUCGACGUGUUUGCGGUUGCCGCUACCCCUACAUACCUUCCGGGUCCGGUACACGAGCUAUCUUAUGCAGGAUACGCGAACUGCUCUGGCGGAAGGGUGCUCAACAUGACGGAUUAUAAGGCGGACGUGAAGUCAGCCACGGAACCGUGUCUCUGGACGCAUUUGUCCCCCAACGGGGCGGUCACGACGCUCGUGAAUGCUGACACGGUGAUUAUCGCACGCUCUUAA